GAUUUGACAGUUGCCUCUGCUGUCAGCACACGUGCAGGAUCAAAACAAAAGCGAACGGCCGGGUCGGGUGCGCUUGCCGUGCAGGCGCAAUUACUUUUGCCGGGUUUCUGUAGUGGUCGCACGGAAUUACACAAUACUGCAUCAGCAGACAAAAUGCUGGUCAACGGUCCCCGAUGGACGCGAUGCUGCCGGGCGAUGCUAAACUCAGUGCACAGUGUAUCACGCGGUACGGUCGGUGUUCGGCGAACAUUGCUUCACCCCGGCAGCCCCGCUACGACAGGCACGUCGUACCGGGGCAAAAAGGACGAUACGCGACUGUUUACGCCGAUCCCAAUACGGCCCAGCCCGGACGAUAUAAAUGUCGGCGCCGAGCUGACGGGAGCGUUAGAUAAGGCGGAAAUGCUAAAGGUCAUACUGAAGUUUAGCAAUCGGAAGGAGAUCAAGUUCCUCUGUCUGGAAAAUGGUAUCGACUCGAAUCUGCAGCAGCAAGCGUUCGUUAGCUUCCGGAAGUACUGUCUCGACACGGACGCGCUGCCGGCCGAUCUGCACGUGGUGCUCAGCGAUAUACUGCAGGGCGCGGGGCACGUGGACGACAUCUUUCCCUACUUUUUGCGGCACGUGAAGCAAAUCUUCCCCCACCUCGAGUGUAUGGACGAUUUGAAGAAAAUAUCGGACCUCCGUCAACCGGCCAACUGGUACCCGAGUGCGCGCGGCAUGAACCGCAAGGUGAUUUUCCACUCGGGGCCCACCAACUCGGGCAAGACGUACCAUGCGAUGGAGCGCUUCCUGGCGGCCAAAUCGGGCGUCUACUGUGGGCCACUGAAGCUGCUGGCCAGUGAGGUGUACAAUAAGAGCAAUCAGCGAGGAACGGCCUGUGAUUUGGUGACAGGCGAGGAGCGCAAGUUCGCCAACCCGGAAGGAAAGCCGUCGGCGCAUGUGGCCUGCACGGUGGAGAUGACUUCCAUCAAUACACCUUAUGAGGUAGCAGUAAUCGACGAAAUACAGCUGCUGAAGGACGUCGGGCGUGGCUGGGCGUGGACGAGAGCGUUCCUGGGCCUGAUGGCGGAGGAAAUCCACGUGUGCGGCGAACCGGGUACGGCCGAUCUGCUGCAAAAGCUGUGCGAAACGACGCACGAAUCGCUCGAGGUGCGGAACUACAAGCGUCUCACGCCGUUGCACAUCGAGGAGCAGGCGCUGCAAACGCUCGACAACGUGCUGCCCGGCGACUGCAUCGUGUGCUUCAGCAAGAACGACAUUUACGCGGUGUCGCGCGAAAUUGAAGCCCGCGGCAAAGAGGUCGCGGUAAUAUACGGUGGCCUGCCGCCCGGCACCAAGCUCGCUCAGGCGGCAAAGUUUAACGACCCGAACAACAGCUGCAAGGUGCUGGUGGCCACGGACGCCAUCGGCAUGGGGCUGAACCUGAGCAUCCGGCGCGUCAUAUUCUACUCGAUGAUCAAGCCGACGAUGAACCAGAAGGGGGAGAAAGAGAUGGACACGAUUUCGGUAUCGGCGGCACUGCAGAUUGCCGGCCGGGCCGGUCGGUACGGGAUGAAGUGGGAGGAGGGCUACGUGACGACGUUUAAGGCGGAAGAUUUGCCGACGCUGAAGGGCAUACUGGGGCAAACGCCGGACCCGCUGACCCAGGCCGGCCUGCAUCCGACGGCGGACAUGAUCGAACUGUACGCGUACCAUCUGCCGAACGCGACGCUCAGCAACCUGAUGGAGAUCUUCGUGUCGCUCAGCACGGUGGACGACUCGCUGUACUUUAUGUGCAACACGGAAGACUUUAAGUUUCUGGCCGAAACGAUCCAGCACGUGCCGCUGCCACUGCGGGCGCGCUACAUAUUCUGCUGUGCGCCCAUCAACCGCAACAUGCCGUUUGUGUGCUCCAUGUUCCUGAAGUACGCGCGCCGGUACAGUCGCAACGAGCCGGUCACGUUCGACUGGCUGUGCAAUCAGUGUGGCUGGCCGUUCCAGCUGCCGCGCACCAUUAUCGACCUGGUGCACCUGGAGGCGGUGUUCGACGUGCUGGAUCUGUACCUGUGGUUGAGCUACCGGUUUCCGGACCUCUUCCCCGACGAGAAGCUGGUGCGCGAUAUACAGCGCGAGCUGGACGACAUCAUUCAGCAGGGCGUGUUUCAGAUAACGAAGCUGCUGAAAAACUCGGAAACGGCGGUUUCCACCAACACACCGGACGAGGAUUCGUUCGUGAUGCGGCAGAAGAAGAGCAAGUACUAUAGGGAGGCCGGCGCCGGGGCGGGUGGUACGCGCGGCCGUCUGACCGAGCGGCUGCUGGCCCAGGGACUGCUAACGCCAGCGAUGCUGCAGGAGCUGAAGCAAGAAUGGGAUCAGCAGGCGAAACGUACGGGGAAGGGCGGCGGAGGAGCGGACGAUGAAGACGAUCCGUUCGAUGGUGGGAAGAAGGGACCGGGGCGCCGAAAAGGCUCGCGCAAAAUGAAGUGAACGUUUGGGUGACGAGGUGGUAAUAAUAAAUCAAAAAGAAACGUGCUAGUACAAUG